AUGGCAACCAGUCGAACGAGCCCCCUUCGCCCGUCGAUACGGCUAUCUCCGGUGCACUCGCGAGAGAACUCGCGUUCGGCGUCUCCUGAGCGGAAUCCAACCUCAUUAUACCAAAAGAUCGACCCCCUCCUCAGCAACCUAUCCCCCGAAUCCACUUUACACGCCCUAACAUCGACCGAGGCCGUCCCCUCAAACGGCAACUUCUCUCAUAAUGUGCUCUCGCAGAGUAUAUCGCAGGUCUCGCCUGCUGAACGCGCCCUCGGCAUCCGUGCCGCCAUAGCCGCCCAGAACUUGGAUAUCUGGUAUAAGGAGGUGCAGUCGUGGAUAUGGCCAAAACAUGGCGAGGCAAAGCUUGGAAAGGGAUUUGAGCCGCCACCAGAAAGUUCUUCGCAAGAAAAUUCCGUCGGAUCGAGCUCCCUCCUGCUCCCUCCGGUUAGUGAUGGGUGCGAUGUGAAAUAUUAUGGCAGCUUGCCAGCAGCUGUAGUUGAAGAGUAUGAGAAGAGGAUCGAGGAAAUACGCGAUGGAAUGGACAACUUAGAUGUGGAUGAGCUAAAGGAACAUGUCCUUAAUGCCCACAUUCCAUCCCGGUCUCGCCCUUCCUCCUCGCACAGCACAGUGUCCGUGCCCCCACCGCUCAGCUAUGUGCAGCUAAGCGACUUUACUGCUGUCGUCACUGCUACGAUACUGCGCGCCUUACCGCUGCUAUCACGACUAAAUAGCCUCUUGACUACCUGGGACGUGCGUCUGCUUGUUCUACGCCAAGUACCAGGCCUCUUGAGGGAGUUGAAAGCGACGCGAGCCUCCCUUGAUUCAUCCUUCCACGCACUGCGGAUAUCGAACCCCAAUGAGAACAGCGAUUCACGACUUUCCGACUCACAUCUACGCGGCGAACAUGUCGAUCUCGAAUCUGCCGUUGUUGCAGUGGGUCGGCGAAUGGAUCGCGCCCUUGAUGCGUUGGAGGGUCGCCAGGACUCCCUGCCUGAAAAUUGGAUUGACGACCUGGAGAGCAUCGAGUCCGAAUUCGCUGCGUGGGUAGUCGAGGCCGAGAGGUAUAGACUUCGCACGAAUUGGUUGCGUAUGAAGGACCAACCUAUGAAGCCCGAAACGAUCGAAAUCCCUGAGGUUCAGCACGAAGCCCCUCCUCUGCCGGAAAUUGCGGACUCGACAGAGAACGCAGCAAUUGCUGCGGAGAUAGACACGCAACCUGAACGGGAAUCUUUGAAUAAGACGAUCGAGGAAGUGCGAGAGGAUAGUGUCCAACCACAGACUCCCGCACUAAGUGAGAAGCAGGAGCCCCAGCAAGAACUUGAACAGUCCAUUGCGUCCCCAAUCGAGAGGACCCCCGAGUUGCCAGCGUCUUCAGAUCUCAGUCCUUCCUCGCCCAGCCCUUGCUCUGGGGCUCCGGAUGCCGUGUUGACAGAGUCAGCCAAGGAACAGCUGCCAGCAUCUUCAGAUUUGCGUGCUUCCUCACCCAGCCCUUGCUCUGAGACUCCGGAUGUCGUGUUGACGCCACCGGCCAAAGAACAGAUGCCAGUCGAGACUAGUUUGACUGUCACCGAGGAUAUGCAAACCCCCACCCGACCCACCUUCUCGUUCAAUCAUGCGGUUGACAUCUCGAACCAGGAUUCGCCGUCUCGAGUGCCAUUACCAAUGACGCCUGAUGGUGAGGACAAAGAGAAUGUCCCUCCCUUGGACUAUAACCAAGAGCAGCCGGUCUCUUCUGGAUCCAAGCCGGCUGCUCUGUCUGAGCAUAACUUUGUGGACGACGAUGACCCGUUUGUCCAAAAGCCGGCCUUUUCAGGCGAAACCGAGAUUAAAAAGACCCCAGUUGUCUCUAUAGCGGAUGUUAUAUCCAUGCCAGAAUUGGGAGAAUCCCUACCUGAAGUUAAGGCUGCAGAUGAAAGCGUCUGCUCUAUUCAGGAUGACACUAGUAAAGACUCCUUGGUGAUCGAUCAUCAGCCCGUGUCGCCCAAGGAUGGCAUGGUCAAACAAAUCACAGUCGCUUCAGAACCCUCUGAUCGCGAAUGCGUAUCGGCCGAAAACCGCAACUCUGAGACGUGCCUAACUACUACCGAGAAAGUGGAAGUGCCAACAAUCGAUGUCUGUCCGGCCGACACUCCAAAUUACACGCAAUGCGCCUGGGAUCCCUUCCAGGAGAUCUCUCGGGAACCUACACAGCAACCGGAGCCUAUGGAGCCUGCGAUAUCCGAGUCACGGCCCGUUACUGCUGUGCCCGGUCCAAGGAAGGAAAACCCACCACAAGAACAAGUCCCGACCCGGAAACCGCUUCAGAGCCCAAUCAAGCUAUCAAAACACCGACCUGGGAAACUGAAUCUCGAUAAAGAUGCUCCAAAGCCACGCCGGCACCAGCGACGAUCGUCUACAGGCUCCGUGGGCUCUUUGCUCUCCGACAACUCCUCUCUUAUAUCGAGCCCUGAAGCACCCGAACCCCAAACAGGCUCGUCACACGAAGGUCCUCUCGUCACUCCCUCCCGCCAGGACUUCCCUCGAUCGGACUCGAUUCCGUCGCACGGUGAGCAUCUGUUGCGAGCAGAUCGGUUGCUGCGUUUUGAGAAUGAAAAGUCAUCCCCAGCAGCGUUCCCGCAAACCCGUGCGGUGAGUCUGCCUCUUGAGCGUUUCAUCAACGAUGAGUUUGAUUUGGAUAUACGCGACCAGCCUGAACUAGAGGCCACUGAGUUUGCGUCGUCUUUCAAAGGCACUGGGGUCGCCAAACCACCGCACACGACCUCGACGCCUGCGCCACAAGUACCACCCCGCGUCUCUAGUCGCCGUCCACGACUUACUCGCGGCAAGUCUGCAUCUGAUUUGAAGGAAAGCGAAAAUUCCAAGAAGAAUCUCGAGUACAACAGGAAAGCAUUUGGCAUGAACACAGCUCAUCGGGCCCUCCUUCAUCAGGAGCAGCCCAAGUCUGUCCGCUUGCGCCAACGACUGACGGCUCAUCCCAGCCUGGAAAGUCUUGGAGUAAAAAGACAAGAACUGCCCUAUGUGGAGGAAGAUGAAUCUGAGCUCAUUGAUGAAGGCUCGCGCCCGUCUUCUCCGCAUAGGCGGAGGCCCCGCGACCAGCUUGAUGAAAAGAUCAAUUCUAUCCUGAGCACUCUUCCUGGUCGGAUUCACCUGGUUGAUCCCAACAACGAAGCCGAUACCUCGUCUUCAUCAUCUUCCAUGGACCGCAAGAUGCGGGACAGAGGUCAUUCCGAGUCGCCGCGUGCUGCACCGUCGCGCAGUAUGACCCCCGCCCCUUCAUUGAUGCUUAUGCCUGCCGCACGGAGGCGAUUGUCCCACGCCCACAAGGCCGAGGACAGCUACGUGAAACUAUACCAUCUGCACCAUGGUGGCCAGACAGCGCCCACCAAGCUCUUCGUCCGUACUGUUGGAGAAGACGGACAGCGCGUCAUGGUCCGUGUUGGUGGUGGCUGGGCCGAUCUUGGCGAAUACUUGCGCGAAUACGUCAUCCACCACGGACGCCGCAAAGUUUCAGAGACACCACGCGUCGAGGUACAGGGUCUGACGUCUCGAACCUCACCCGGCUAUUCCUCUCCUGCUGCCGUGUUGUCAUCGGCAGCGGCUUCUCCCUAUAUCACAUCCGGUCGAGCCACUCCCUCUCGACCCCCGUCUGUCAUGAGUGCACGACCUCCAUCGUCACUCACCGUGCGUAAGCGGCGCAGUUCCAACGCAUCUGAUGCCUUGGGGCCUCGCUCAGUCACCACAGGAACUCUGAGCUCCUACAUCUCGCCUCCACCGGUUACACUCCCUGGCGGACGGCGCUUCUCCAUGUCCUCCAACUACUCCUUCGGAGGUACCCAUUCUCCUGCCAAUUUCGCGCUCGCCUCCCUCGCUCAUGACUCUCAAUCAACACCGCUUGGUCUGGCGGGCCCCAAGCCCCGCUCGCGACAGAUUUCGAUGAGCCCAGAGGGUGAGGCUUGGGUCGAGGAUGUCCUGCAACAAACUCGCCGAUCUAGCUCGGUGAAUCCUCCUUCAUUCGCACUGAAUGUUGCGCCCGGAACGGAGAGCGUGAUGGACCUACAUGAGGCCGAUGACCAGGACCACAGCCGGAGUCAUAGCCGCCGGUCUUUGCCCAAGGUCUCGAGUAUCAGUGAUAUCAGAUCUGUUGGGUCAAGCAAGCGAGUCUCACUCCGCGGACUUAGUAACCGCAGAUAG